AUGUUACAAUCAAGUGAAAAUAUCGGAACUGAUCACACACCUGACCAUUUAAGCACCAGUAAUGAUAACAAUGAUGUGUUAACACAAGAGGCGAAUGAAUUGUGUGAGGAAAUUGGGGAGUUGGUGGAUUCCAUAUACACUAAUUUUACUGCCCAGGAAAAUGUGGACUACAACGACGCUCAAUUUGGGGCGAAAUCAUAUAAUUUCUGCAGCAAUGAAGCUAUGAGUAACUUCAGCUGCUGUAAAAAUAGCACUCACUGCAAUGUGUUGGCUAAUGAGCUGAUGAGGAAGCAGAUUGAGAAGGAGAAGCUGGUGUACUGCAACGAUAAGUUAGACGAAAUAAGAGGGAUGCUGGAGAGCUUCGGGGAGCCGGAGCGGACCGAUAAAAGGAACGGAUCUGCCUGGGAGAUCGACGAUAACUACUUGCAGCAGUUUCAACUGAAGAUGAACGUGAAAAACCAGCAAGAAAUUAUAAAGAAUAAGCUGAGUAAGGCUAACAAGUUAAAGUUGUCAGACUACUACAAGAUCCAUUUCAGUAAGUCAAGAGCUAACACGUCUCCAGACUUCAACAUGGUAAACGGAAAUGACGGAGUCCAGAGCAGAAUGAUGACCAGUCCCUGGUCGAGCAAGGUUACUAGCAACCACAGUGUUCCCACGAGAGUUGAUACAACUAUGAGCCACAAUACACACAAUACUGGAAAUAACGGCCAAGUCAACGGCAUGAGUGGUAUUAGAAACUAUGUCACCAGCAGUAGUAAGGUGUUCAGCCAAAGUCAACGCUCUUCGCGAAGUAUGUUAAACAACAAUGUCAGUGACAGUGUCCAGAACUGCUACACUAGCCAGGGCCCCUCUAACCUGUAUCGUACCAACAUGGUGGGCACAUGUAACAACGACGGAAGUAUGAUGUAUGUGAGAGGGACCAUGAAAUUGAACUCUAACGCACCCCAAAAUGGUGCGUUCUGCUCUGGUUUUGCGAGGUUCAAUGCGAACAAGCACAAGAAACCUAUGAUGAGCAGGGAGACCAUGAGUGGACUGAGUGUUCCCUACGCAGUUGGUCCAAGGGCCAACUACGGCUUCUGCGGAAGAACGAAUGCUCCAAGUUACGAUUUCGGUAAAAUUAACCACAGUAACUCGGCGAGCACGUGUUACAGUAACAGCUAUUACGGAGAAGACGACCCUGCCUUAAUCAGCAGCAUUGGCACCGAGGACGAUGACAGUGCAGUUGUACGUGCCAGCUGUAUGGGCCUGAGCAGUGCGGGCGGUGCGAGUGGUAAUUGCAUGGGCUUUAGCACUGCUGGAGGUGCAAGCGGCGGCCUGUUUCGUGGCUGUUUUAGUGCCAAUGUCGGCACUACCACCAAUACCCGCGAAUUUGAUGACGACAUAAUCAGCAAUGUCAACAUCGGCACUACCGCUGGCCCUGGUCGCAGCAGCAGUAGAAUGGGCGUCGCUACCACUGGUGCCAGGAGCAUGAGUCAGAUGGGCAGUCGAACGAUGGAUACCACGAGUUUCGGCGCUGUGGGAGGAAGUAAGAAGAUGGGCACCAGUGCUUUUGAGGACCCGAGGAGAAAAGUUGGUAAAGUUAAUGAAGUUGGUAGUGGAAUGAGUGUUUGUGCCACCUCAGGUUACGGAGCUAACAGUGCCGACAACAAUACCAACACAUCUAACAAGGAAGAGUCGCAAUACUACGAGUUCGAGACCAUAGAUGACCUGAUGGAGUACGAAAACGACGAAUACUACUGCGACUCGAUGGGUCCGCUGCCACAGUUAACGAACAGCAACGAUGAGUUGCUAGAUAAGUUGUUUGAGGGCAAUGAACCGAACACAGGAAGCACACCGCUGGCAGUGCCCUACUUAAAGGGAGGACUGGUCACUACGCCAACAAACACGCGAGCGACAACUAACGGCAAUAACGCCAAUUACACAUUAAAUAAUAGCACGAAUUACCCGAGUAGCCCAACUGGAGGACCCAGGAACACCGGUAGUAGAUUCGCAGUCGACAGGGAAGUAAACGGAGGGGAGAUAAGUGACGAUGGUGACGGAACGACUGGGGAGGAGGAGGAUGAGGAGGAGGAAGGCAGUGAGCCUGAAGAUGCGAGCUUCGAGGACUCGAGCGCCGACAGCGCCGAGGUUCUGCGGUUCAGCCGCUGCAAGCCUGAGGGAAAAGGCACCGUUAAAGUGGGCAGGGCUGCCGGUAGAGAGGACACGGUCUACAAGGCGAGAGUCAUCUGCCCAAAUGUACAAUAA